AACUCUCUCGAAAGAGCUCGUACCGAGCAUCCGCAUCUAAAUUGUUCGAGUUUUCGAUCAACCGUUCUGGGUCGAACGCAGUACAAAUCCGCCCCCUUUCGUUCGUUUCAACAAGAAGAAAGGAUCCGUCUGACUGGCAAGGGCCGCGGCUAUGUGCAGCCGAAAGACGCAACUGAAAGACGCAGCCAAUGAAUAGCAGCGGUAGCCACUUCGGCUCCGGACGCGACGCUGAAAGUUAUUUUACUUGUGCCCGACUGUGAAUUCUGGACUCGAAUCUAACUCCGAUUAGUGGAAAUGUCGUCUACUGCUGUGGCCACACCAGUGCCGGAUGAAAUCCAGCUGCCGACCGAGACUUUCGAAGCUGUCGAGAUCAAAGGGGACAUGGGUAGCAAGGAGGAUACGCCGAGCCCCUCUUCGAUGGUCCUCGAAGCCGCUGAUGAAACAUGCGACGGACUACAUCUUCUCCUGACGAACCAGUUCACCGCGGCCUUGGAUAAAAUGCGCCCUAAGGCGCACGACAGCAUUUACCAUGCCUUAGGCCAAUCUACCAUAAUGUUCAUGCAGGCCGUCCUCACGCUCGACAUGGUCGACAUCAAAGCGGCACAAGAAGCUAUCCGCCAGGGCGUUGAGGUCUGUCAGCGCUAUCGACGUCGCACGAGUGCUGUCUACAGAAUGCUCAUUCGACCCGACUAUAAUACGUACACGAUCGAAGAGCUGCAUGCUGAGCUCUGCUAUGCCGAGUGUCUUCUCGAAAACGCAGUUUUGACUUUCGUAGAAGAUCAAUCGCUUGUCACCUUUAUAAAGGGAGGUCUCAAAAUCCGUUCGUGCUACCAGUCAUACAAAGAAUGUAUGCAGAUGCUGGCAACGCGCAACUGGGAAGACUCCCGAGAGAAGAAGCACUUCGAAAGCGGCGUCCACAUGGGAGUCGGAGCAUUCAACUUGAUGAUCUCUCAACUCCCGACUCGAAUUCUGAAGCUUCUUGAGUUCAUUGGCUUUUCGGGCAACAAACAAUUGGGCCUCAAAGAACUCGAGAUCGGCUGUCGUCAAUGGGACACCCUCCGAGGACCGCUGUGUAGCAUCGUGCUGAUAACGUACCAUACCUUCAUUCUCUUCAUACUCGGGUUGGGCGACGGAGACCUCGACCUCUCCCAGGAGCUCGUUACGGGACUGUUGAAGAAAUACCCGAACGGAGUGCUGUCCAUGUUCUUCCAGGCUAGACAAUAUCAGGUCCGCGGGUUGAUCGACAAGGCGAUUACGCAGUAUUCGGAGGCCAUAUCCGCCCAGAAUGAGUGGGUUCCUUUUCACUACAUUUGCUACUGGGAACAACUCUGGUGCUACACGUACAAGGGCGCGUGGGACGAUGCCAUCAGGACGGCCGAUGUGCUACUCGAGGGCUGCCGCUGGUCGAAAGCAUGCUAUCAGUACAUUCGCGCCUGUUGCCUCUAUUCGAAAAUGCUCGAGGAAAAUCGACCGGAACUCAUGGACGAAGUUAUCGCUAACAUGCGGAACGUACCCGGCUUGAAGCAGAGGAUCGCCGGCAAAUCGAUUCCCAUCGAAAAAUUCGUAUGCAAGAAGUCUGAAAAAUUCUUGGCACAAGGCAACCGUCUCCUGUUGCCGGCCGUGGAGGUUAUGUACAUGUGGAACAGUUUCCCCAUGAUCGGAAAGAACCAGGAACUCUUGCUCAUGAUCCGCGCUCAGAUCGAGGCUGAACUUCCAAGACUCAAGCAGCUGAAAGAAACUGAAGAAGGUUGGGCUGACGAUUACUGUCUGAUCAUUUUCUUGAGGGGAGUCUGCAUGCGCUAUAAUGGAGCUUUCCAGCAGGCAGAAGAGUGCUUCAAGGAAGUUCUCGCGAAUCAAGCUCUCAUCAAGGACGACACCUAUCUGCCUCCCUUCGCAGCCGCCGAAUUGGGAUUCUUGUACCUUCUGCAGAAUCAGUUCGAGAGAUCGCGGGAAUACCUCGACAUAUCACGGAACAACUAUCACGACUAUCUUUUAGAAUCGCUCGUUCACUUCCGCAUCCACUCGGCAAUCAAGUCGAUGAAGUCUUCCGGGUUCUCGUCAACUCCCACAACACCAUCUCCGAGCUCAUCCCCCUUCCCGUCACCUAUAUCAACGCCCGUCCACCCGUCAGGUCAGGUCAUCGGAAAGUUCCCGUACCUGAGCACGAGCCCCGGCGUGGUUUCGGUGGCUGACAAGUGUCCACUAGCCGCCGCUAAAGCCGUCAACAAUAAUGGCAACGUACAAACCACCGUUAGCGAAUAGUCUGCUCAAGGACACUGCACGCGCUCACCGAUCGAUGGAUUGAUUCUAUGAUUGAGCGAAGCUCAUCUGGUUCCUAAAUUCAUGCAUUUCAUCAGAGAACAGUCAUCAUGUAGUCAACGAGAACGGCCGAAAAAAAUAUUAAAAAAACACCGGGAAUCAUUAGCCACCUCUCCUCCGCGGGGAGGAGGAGCAGAUAGAGAGAGAGGAAAACUCACUCAGCAAUCCAUGGAUCUAUUCCGUGCUAGGCGGGCAUGAGCUGGUGGGCGGAUUGACGCAAGUUGUAUGUAGGAGCUCGAGAUCUGACGUCAGCGUAAUCGAUUUCUCAUUCGAAGAUAGGAGUCAGACAAUGUUUGAAGCCACCAAGGUGCCUUUUCCUCGAUAUGACUUGCAUACCUAUGGACACGUCGGUGGCCAUAUAUUCCAUUAUUCGGUUCGAGGAGAAGCCGACAGACAUCCGGGGACCUGUGGGGAAAUAGA